AAACAAAUGAGGUCAUGUGACAUGCUGUAUCUCCUAGCAACAGAGAUUUGUUUACCUACAAACGAUGACGAGACAGAGGUGAACUAAUAACCUGGAGAUGCAGGUAUGAUGCUUUUCAUUUGCUUUUAAAUGUUUACAUGUUGUAAAUAGGAAUAUAACUCCACUGCAGUGCGGUCACAUCUCUUCUCCUCUUUGAUAAGGGAGCACUUAUUUUUCAACAAACUCCCUGAUCCAUUUUUCUAAAAGAGUUUCGAGUUCUGUUGGAUGUCAUCAAUCCUAUAAUCUAAGAAGUAACACCACUUUUGCUGCUUUUAUCUGGGGAUACAGCUCUGUGCACAUGCCCUAGGAUUUUUCUAUCCAUCACUGUUGUCAGAAGGGGUUUCCAUUACAGAAGUCUCAGAUGGAUGAACAGGGUAGGAUAGUCAUGCCGAGUGUCGCAGCAACAGGCAGCAGAGGACAACUAACAAGUGACAACAACACCUCUUACAGGGACUUUUAUGAGGCCAGCAUGGAGAACUUCACUUCUCACCUCGGACAUCCCAGCAGCUCAGGUUUCACAGCAAACAACAGACCUGCCAUUUAUUACAAGCCCAGUUUGGACCUCAUUGACAACCCUCACAUGGGAUUCAUGUUGUCUGAUAACUUCACGUCUCAGACCAAACAACACUACCAGCCUCACAUGCAGCCUGCUUGUUCUGGUUCUUUGCCAAACCUGCUCAACAGAUGUAAAGAGAGCGGCUUCCAUCAGCUGACACGUCCUCCCCAAACGGCCAUCUUGGAGGAGAAGGUUGAACCUCACCGAAGUCACAGCUCUGUGAUGAAAAGUGACUUCAUCAGUCCGUCCUCUCUGCAGGACAAUGAGGCCACACCAGGCCUGUGCGGCCGCUCUUGUCGGGAAUCAGGAUUCACUCGAGGGGCCAUCGCUCCCCUGGCACGUGACCCAACCUCCUGCCUGCCACCAUUCAAGACUAAAAGUGAAGCACCAGCUAAGAAGACCAUUGGAAAAAAGGAGCCCACAGGAUUUCUUUCCAAUGCUUCCAACAGUCAGGCUUUCCCUAAAACACCUUUCGAUUGUUCACAAUUCACCACUCAUUAUGAAAGCAGGUUCUGUCAUCCUGCUGUUUAUGAAAAGUUUAAACCUGGCAAUGCUCGAGCAGGUAUAAUGAGUACAAAAAUGGACAAUGGCUACAAUCGUCAAGGCAUGGACAGGUUCAUCUUCAUGGGCUAGAUGUUCACAGAAAUGUGAUAGCAUCUAUAUAACUACUCUUCACAACGUUUUGUUUUGACACUUUAAUAUAAAAGAGCAGUCAUUGGCACAUAAAAAAGCUGUUGCUGUGUGAGUCUGAAUUUUUUCAGUAUUCAUAUUCUUAUAAUCAAAUGCUGAAAUCCUCGCUCCCCCGUCUGUGUUGUUUUAAAAAUAAUCCUGUCAAAGAACGUGUAAUUUUCAUCUCUGUGUGAAGUCCCCUUUGUGUGUGAUGAAAGCUGCCUGUCAGACAGUUGUGUACAGUGAGUCACGUGAAAGCC